AUGCCUGCAGUUAAGAAGAUCUGUAAAGCUCUCACCAGCGUCCAUGGCCUCCGUGUGUUCCGCAAGAGCGCCGAUGCUCACCUCCCGACGCGCGGAUCGCCGUAUGCUGCGGGCUACGAUCUGUACGCGUCUGUAGACACGCAUAUUCCGGCCAAGGGUGGGCGUGAAGCAGUAGAGACCGGCAUCGUUGUUGCAAUCCCCACUGAUACAUACGCGCGCAUAGCACCUCGCUCCGGGCUGGCCUUCAAGCACGGUAUUGACACGGGCGCCGGCGUUAUUCUGUUCAAUCACGGCGAACUGAUUCUUGAGAAAAUCAGCACGCCUGAGGUCUUCGAGGUGGCGGAGGAAGAGCUUGAGGAGACAGAUCGGGGUGCUGGCGGAUUUGGUUCUACUGGCGUUAGCCUUGAGAAGAUUGCGGAAACCGCUGAGGCUGGGGUAGCCUCUGAGGCCACUGAUACCACCAAGGUCUGA